AUGGUAAGCCUUUUUGUAAGAAGAUUGAUGGCAUCCGCACUCCACAACACUGCUCCGCAGGAGUACGUAGAAAAAGUAAACAUAUGGCAAUACGACCAGCCCUUCCACUAUAUAAACAGGAACAACCCUGAAAGCCCUUUCCCUUUUCGGAUAGAGAAAGACUUUUUUCCUUACGGUAAGUUUCCAGAGCACCUUGAGUUUAAAAUAAGAUACACUGCAAAGCCCAAAGAGAAUCCUGUUCAGAACAAACUGCCCGUUGAAAUUCUGACAAGAGACGAAAAAACUUUUGGGGUUUGCGAUAGACAAAUCAUCCCAAUUCUUCCGGAAGAUGUUGGCAGGCUGUGCAGUAACAAAUGGGUUUUUGUGCCUAGAGAUCGGGGAGGAUUUCAUAUAAAGCCUGUACGUGACGAGACACUCUGCAUGGAAGCAUACCAAGACACGUUGGUUAUAGGAAACUGCAGUGCAAAUCGGUCCAGCAUGGCGUUUACGUAUGGAACACUGGAAAUGAGAAGAAGGUUUGCAAUUCUAAAGAAGCUAAUAACAGUCCACGAAAAUAUAAGAGACAAGGAAGAAGCCAAAAAUCUACUUAUCACGGGUGAAUACAUGUAUGAUUCUAACAACUUAUACGAUGACCACAACCAUACAUACUUUUCAUUUAAAAAUGGCUCGGCUCCGAGACAGCAUCCAAGAUUUGCCUCAAACACGCGAACUCUUGGAGAGCAUAUAGAUCUCGAAAAAAAACAAUACGCUUUUUUGAACAGUCUUCGUAAUAAGCACAGGUCAAACUUAGAAGAAAACCACAUUAGAAACAGAAAGUCACACUCCAGAGACUCUAGUGAUAGCGCAAACUUCUCUCAGCUCAGCUCAGAGAUGCACACCCGAGAUUCUAGUGCUAGCACGAACUCUAGAGACUCUAGUGUCAAUACAGAUUCUGGCCAGUCAAGCAUUGACACAGAGUCCAACCAUUCGAGCAGUGCAACAGAUGAUAAUUAUUCUAGCACUGAUACGAACGAAAGCUUCACUGGUGCUAGACGUAAAAAACCCCUUCGCAUGCGGCAUCGCCAUAAAAAGUCCAGCAGACCGCACUAUAGGGGGAGAAAGCCUACUUCUGAAAGAAUUCCUGGCAUUCCUUCCAUUGAUAAAGACUCCAAUACGCUCACUACUGCCGUUAUAGAUGAGCUUAAGGAACUUGUGAAUAGCAGCAGACACAAAAAUGGAGCCAAGCUCAAGAUAAAAAUUCCAAGGCUAGAAACCGGUAGACUGAGCGAUGUAACAAGGAAAGCAACUGAGAGGUUUAAAAAGCGGCCUGCGUGCGAUCUAAUUAUAUGUCCUGACAAUGGUUUCAUGGAAUAA